AGUUCAAAGGGGUUAUGUGUCUGCCAGAUUUCACACAACUCGUUAAAAAGGAGCUUUAAAUACUGCAAACAAAUCAACCCUCAACUCACACAACAUGGAAAGAAUAUGGAAAAGAGUGGUGGUUCUACUUUCAUGUGAAUCUCUCUCUUUUGCAGAGGAGAGAAAGAAAACACAGCUGACAAAAUCGAGCAUAUCCCUCCAGCAGGAUUUCAAGGGGUAAAGCCUGCGUGCCUGGGCUUUAGGGACACAGAGGCAUCCUGCAGGACUGGGAGCAGCGCUGUUCAGCCUUGCUCUUGCUGAGGAGGUUUCCCCACAAGGCCGCGACCAUGAAUUUCCUGCGGCGGCGUCUCUCAGACAGUAGUUUCGUGGCCAACCUGCCCAAUGGCUACAUGAUGGACCUGCAGCGCCCCGACAGCUCCACCAGCUCCCCGGUGUCUCCUGCCACGGAGAGGAAGCACCUGCAGCCGCCCCAGCCCUCACACUCCUCCUCCACUGGCAGCAGCAUCUUCAGCUCCAUCUCCAGCGCCAUGAAGCAAACCACGCAGGCGGCCGCGGGGCUGAUGGAGCACUCGGCCGGGCCCGCGCCCCCCGCGGCGCCCAAACCCAGGGUGCUGCUGGUGAUCGACGACGCGCACACCGACUGGGCCAAAUAUUUCCAGGGGAAGAAGGUGAAUGGAGAAUUUGAUAUCCGAGUGGAACAGGCCGAGUUCUCGGAGCUGAACCUGGCUGCUUACGUCACGGGGGGCUGCAUGGUGGACAUGCAGGUGAUGAGGAACGGCACCAAGGUGGUCAGGUCCUUCAAGCCGGACUUUGUCCUGAUCCGGCAGCACGCCUACAGCAUGGCGCUGGGGGAGGAUUUCCGCAGCCUCCUCAUCGGCCUGCAGUACGGCGGCGUCCACACCGUGAACUCCCUCUACUCCAUCUACAACUUCUGCAGCAAGCCCUGGGUGUUCUCUCAGCUCAUUAAAAUCUUCAACUCCCUGGGCCCUGAGAAGUUCCCCUUGGUGGAGCAAACGUUCUUCCCAAGCCAUAAGCAGAUGGUGAGUAGCUUUGCUUUCUUCUGAUGCCACUUUGGAUGCGGUGGAAAUAACAGAUGCAAGUUGGGCACAGAAAAUGGUGGCAGGAAUACUGGGAAGAGUCUAAAUUUUACUUACAGAAAAAUACUGGCUAAAAAGUGCUAUGCAAAAGGCACUGCUUGGGAACCUCUUUCCUUUCUUGCCCAGCCCACCCUAGGUGAUGUAAGAACCCUGAAAAAAUGUACAAAGAGGCUGAAGCAGAACUCCAUUGUAAAACACAGUCAUCAAAAAGCUCAUCCCUUAGAGCAAAGAAUCACUCUAUUCAGAUAAAGUGGAUUUUCCCUACUCCUGGAAUUGUUUAAAAUAUGCUGGCAAUUUGGGACAUGGGUCCUAAGAGAUGUUUGUUUCACAAUGUUAGUUUGCUUGGUCCGUCACGUGCUUACCAUCCAUGAAACAUUUAUCAGCCUGAAAGUACUCAGGGUAACAUGGAGUUCUUAAAAGAGUUUGUUUCAGCUUCUCAUGUUUUCUUUGCACAGUGCUCUGGGGUCUGGUAUUUCUGUCAACAGCUACACACUCAGUGGCCUGUGUGGCUGCUGGGCACUGUACCAAACUCUUGGAGCACCUUCCAAAGAAAUCUGCGUAGGUGCCUUUAGUCCUGGAGAACAUG